AUGCUUUGGAACGUUUUGGCUCUUUGAAACGUUUCCCAGCAAAAAAUAAGUACUGCCUCACAUAGGCAGAUUCAAAAUAAGGUUCCAGAGUGCAAUAAACUUUUCCAGGAAGAUAAUGGCAUUCCAAUAUACCUCAAAGGUGGAAAAAUAGAUACACAGCUAUACCGAACAACCAUGGCUCUUAACGUUUUUGGAACAGGCUACAUCGUUUAUGAACUCUUCAUGGCUGCUAUGCCCAAGAAAUAG